UUUCGAUUUGAUAUGGGCGGCUUAUUCAGUUUGGGGGAUUUACAAAUUUUUUUUGUACAGGUUCAACUGGCGCAGAAUCAUCUAUCCCAACCCCUAAUUAUUUUUUUUUAUCAUUUCAUCCCAAUCUCGACACCAUUGUCACCAGUGUUAAGGUCAACAGCUUCUCUUCGCCUAUCACUGAAAGUCUGGGUCUGUUUGAAAUCCAGUCGAUCUCUUCUCAAGCAUCAGCUCCUUAAAGAUAAACUCAUCAAGUAUCACAAAUGGUUUCACUGCAGAAUAGUUUAAACUGAUGAGAUUUUUUGGGAGGGGUGUAUGAGAUUUUCUGGUUUGAUUGAUAUUGUGGCUGAUAUUUGAUGUACUCAUUCUCUAACUUGAUAUAUUACAAAUACUGAUAUCAUGUAUGAACAAACAAAAAUGGCACAGAAGACAUUUGGAUGGGCAGCUAGAGAUACUUCUGGCAUUCUCUCACCCUUCUAAUUUUCCAGAAGGUUACUAAUUAGUUACUACUUAUUAUUACUUGAUAUUCCUCUGUUUCCUUUUCUUUUUUGAGUACAUAUAUAUAUAAUAUAGUAUAGCUACGUUUUAGUAUGUGUAUGGUUUUGAUGAUGAGUUGAGGGUGAACUGAAAUCAUAUUGUUCUUCUUACAUAUAAAUAUUCAAAUGAAACUUGUCUACAUACAUUUUGCUAGUUUGUUUAGUUCCAAAUCAUCUUAUCUGAUUAUACUUGGCUAAAAUUAUAUAAUGUUUUCUUGAGAUUGUAUGUUGAGCUUUAAUAAUUUUCCUUCAUUUUCUGUUGAUCCUUUAGUAAUGACAGAAUAAAAUGAACUAUUGAAGAUGUAUUCUUUUUCAUAUUUUAAUUACUAUUUGACUAUUAGCAAUAAUUUAUUUAUUGUUCUAUCAAUUUCAGGAAACAUUGUUGAAUUUAGUAGGAGACAGUGAAUUUUUCAACACUAACCAUUUAGUUUUAGGAGGAAUGUAAAUGAUAUUAGUUAAGUUUUUAGUUAAGUCAGUUAAGCUCUUUAACUGUCUUCUAACUAAUCGAUCUGUUAGUUAGUUUGUUGUGAAUAGAGCUUUGUUCAAUCAAGAAACUCUCUUCGAUUCCUUUUCUUCUUCAUAGUUCAUACUGUUUUUUUUUUCUUCUAAUAAACAAAAUAAGUGCUCUAUAACAAAGAUCUGAGCUAUGUCAAACUCAAAAUUCUUGUUCAAUAAUGGCGUUCUCUCUCACUCCACCCACAUCCCUCCCUUAUCAACCUUCCUCGAAACCCAUCCAGGUGCCUACACGACUACUCGUUCUCACAACGAUGGUGCCUGCGUAUUGUUCUGGGAAAGACAUUUGAGAAGACUCUCUCAAUCUGUACGGAUACUUUUGGAUUCGCAUCCGCAGCUUCUGUUCGAGGCUAAAAGAUUUUCGAAAGACUCGUCGCCUCAUUUCUCGACGAUCUCUGGGACAUGGGAAUCGGAAAUUCGUGGUCUCAUUAAUGAUUCUGUAAGAAAAGUUGUGCCGAUUGCGCUCAAGGAGAGGAGUGAGGGUGAGGAACUUUCAAUUACGACUUUAGUAACUGGAAAUUUCGAGAAACUGAUUCAGACUCAGAGUGAGUAUGAGAAGGAGAAUGUGAGACGUGAAAGUGUGGUAGAUGUUUUUGAUGUCCUUGUAUAUAUCGGAGAUUUUGUGCCUCCUGUGUUUGGCAUCCGAGAAAAUGGUUCUCAUUUGGCUGUGGUUGGUCCUGGGAGGGAUGUUGCGUCUGCGAAGUACUCGGAUUGGGUGAGGGUGAGAAAAUCUCUGGAGAAGUUGAAACCUCCCUUGGCAACUGAUCUUUUGUUGUCAAAUGACGGCAAUCGGUUACUUGAAGGCAGUGUUACUAAUUUCUUUGUUGUUUGUCGCAAGGUGAAGAAUGAUCAAGUUGACAAAGAUGGUGCUGAAGGAACGUCCUUUGACGAGAAAGAAAGUAUAGAUUGUUUUGAAGUUCAAACAGCACCUAUUGGCGAUGGUGUCCUUCCAGGAGUUAUUCGGCAACUAGUCAUUGAGGUAUGCUUAACCAAAGGCAUCCCCUUUCGAGAAGUAGCACCAAUGUGGUCGGAGCAUGAGAUUUGGGAAGAAGCAUUCCUCACAAAUAGCUUGAGACUUCUCCAACAUGUAGAGACAGUUUCUAUUCCAGACUCGUGGGAUUCACUCAAUUCAAAAUCUUGGAAGGACAUAUCAUGGAAUAAAAAGCAAUUUGAGCGAAGUCCUGGAAUUAUCACUAGACUGAUCCAGAAAGAGGUAAUUGAGAAGGCAAAUCUUGAAGGGUACUCAUUCAGUGAGGCUGCAUGAAAAAGUGAAAGGGCUGCUGUUUAAUUUGUAUUUUAUGACAACAAUGUUGCCUUAUAUAAUUUAACUUGUAUUUUGCCUGUUAGUAAAAUCUUCCAUUUGACCAUUUUGAAGCUUAGAUGAAAUGCACUUCAAACUCUAGACUCACAGACACAGUGUGAAGAUGGUGUCAAAAUUGUGUGUAAAGUUUCUUUCUAGAAUGUAGAUCAUACAUGAUUCUGUUCGGUUAA